GCCUCAGACAGUUAGUUCCUCAAUGGGCCAAUACAUUCGGGUAUUCCCCUGUAGGAGACAGUUGUCACUCCCAUGCAUGAGAGGAAGAGGCGGAGUGUCUGUUCUUCUUGCAGCUCUGCCACACUGUCAUAGCUAGAGAUUUUAAGGCCAGAAGGGACUCAAAACCAGACUGAUCUCCUGCAGAACACAAGCCGGAGAACCUCGCCCAGUGACUCCUGCAUCCAGCUAAUAACUUGUGACUGAGUCAGAGCAGAGCUGUUAGAAAGAGACAGACAGCCUUGAUUUACAGACUCCAAGAGAUGGAGGAUCCACCAGGGCCCUGGCAGAAACCCAGGAAGGUCACUCCUCAGCCAGGAGAAGAUUCUCUGAAUUGCCCUCUGCCCCCCGGCUGGCAGAGCUACAUGUCUCCCCAGGGCCACAGGUAUUAUGUGAAUGCCUUCACCAACGAAACCACGUGGGAACGGCCGAGCAGCGUGCCUGGGACCCCCAGGAGCCCUGGGAGCCAGAAGAGUGCUGUGCCUGCAGCGAAUGGAUAUCACACCCCUGUGACCCCUAUGCAUCAAAUGGAGCCUGGUCAUAUGAGUCUUCGAAAACCCAGCGGGGACCCCCAGAGUCCGGGGUCCCCUCGCGUGCCCAGGAGGCUGGCCAGGGAGAGCUCGCGGACGAUAAACUGCGUGACUUUUCCACACCCAGACACAAUGCAAGAACAGCAGUUGCUGAAACCCACUGAAUGGAGCUACUGUGAUUAUUUCUGGGCUGAUAAGAAGGAUCCACAAGGGAACAACACAGUAUCAGGGUUUGAAAUUCUGCUCCAAAAGCAACUCAAGGGGAAACAAAUGCAAAAAGAAAUGGCAGAGUUUGUUCGAGAAAGGAUAAAGAUUGAGGAAGAAUAUGCCAAGAACUUGUCCAAACUGUCUCAGAACUCAUUGGCUGCUCAAGAAGAAGGCACCCUAGGAGAGGCCUGGGCCCAGCUGAAGAAAAGUCUGGCGGAUGAGGCAGAGGUUCAUCUCAAAUUUUCCUCUAAGCUCCAGAGUGAGGUGGAGAAACCACUGCUCAAUUUCAGAGAGAACUUUAAGAAAGACAUGAAGAAAUAUGACCAUCACAUUGCAGAUUUACGGAAGCAGCUGGCUAGUCGCUACACAGCAGUAGAAAAGGCCCGGAAAGCCCUGACAGAGAGGCAGAAGGAUCUGGAAAUGAAAACCCAGCAGUUGGAGAUAAAGCUCAGCAACAAGACAGAAGAGGAGAUCAAGAAAGCGAGGCGGAAAUCCACUCAGGCUGGAGAUGACCUGAUGCGUUGUGUGGAUCUUUAUAAUCAAGCCCAAUCCAAAUGGUUUGAAGAAAUGGUGACCAGCACUCUGGAGCUGGAGAGGCUGGAGGUGGAGCGGGUGGAAAUGAUUCGGCAGCACCUUUGCCAGUACACUCAGCUGCGGCACGAGACAGACAUGUUCAACCAAAGCACAAUAGAGCCUGUCGAUCAGUUACUUCAAAAAGUGGAGCCUGCCAAAGACAGGGAACUGUGGGUACAAGAACACAAAACUGGAGAUAUCAGACCUGUGGACAUGGAAAUAUAGACUGAUCUGAUUAGUGAUAUGUGAUGGUUUCACUGGUUUAACCAGGCCAAUGGGUUCUGUAAAGGGUCAGAAGAGGUACAGGACGGCAAAAGGGUUGCUCUGCUACCAGAUACCUUGUAUUUAUUGUCUGUAGGGAGUGUCUCUGUCACAUUUGAUCAUCACAUCAGUUCCCAUUGUGCUAUGCCUUAAGCUCCCAACAUUCCAGAGUUAAGAAGCCAGAUGUCUGUUCUUCCUGUCGGAAGUUUCCAGCUGCCAGGGAUGUACUGCUGCCAGGAGAAACUGAGGACCUUGCUUCCUGGUACAGAACAAGCUCUGUUCUUCAGUGACUAUGCACUACACCCAUUGCAUGACUCUUUGUGUAGAAUGUAAGAACAGCCACGCAGCAAGCCUCUGCCAUGGAAGCAGACUAGUGAUUUGACCAUGAUGCUGGAAGCAAGGAGCUCCUGAACAUGGAUCCCAACACUGCCACUGCUCAGCUGGAUGGCCUUGGGCAUAUUACAUAACUUUUCUGGUUCCUCCAUUUAUAAUAAUGGGCUCAUAAUACUUACCUACCUCACAGGGGUGUUGUGAGGGUACAUUGAUUUUGUAUAAUACUUUUUAGCACAACUACCUUGCUACGGUAGUAUGUCUGAGUGCAGGGAGGUAUGGGCUUUUCCCCAAAGCAGUAAACAAGGCAAAAGGCUAGGAGAAAACCCCACAGAGGAAAGACACCUGUUCAAGCCCUUCCUGUUUUAUAAUCCCACUCAGAAACAUAUAGACCCUCUAUCAUCUCCAUUUCUCUUUGAGGCUGAUAGAAAGUAAGAUUGAAAGGGACCUCUUGCACCAUCUAUUUACCAGGAAGGACUCAGUUGUGCUGUAGCUACCUCAUUUAUUGUCUGGUUGACUUCGGUGGCAAAAAGACCAUGGAAGAAAUUAGACCUUCAAGUCCAUUUCUGCCUAUACAGUGUGAUGUCCUACAGCAGAGGCGGGCAAACUACGGCCCGUAGGCCACAUCCGGCCCAUGGGACUAUCCUGCCCAGCCUCUGAGCUCCCAGCCAGGGAGGCUAUCCCCCGACCCCUCCCCUGCUGUCGCCCCUCCCCUGCAGCCUCACCUCGCCGCCCCACCAGCGCUCUGGCCUGCUGUUCCUGUCAGGCAGUGCGGCGGCAUGGCUGGCUCCAGCAUGCUAAGGGGGCGGGAAGCAGGGGGGUUGGAUGAGGGACAGUCAGGGGACAGGGAGCAGGGGGCGGUUGGAUGGGGCAAAGGUUCGGGGCAGGCAGUCAGGGGACGGGGAGCAGGGGGAGUUGGAUAGGGGGUGAGAUCCCAGGGGGUGGUUAGGGGCAUGGGGUCAAGAGGCGGGGGGGGUUGGAUGGGGCAGGAGUUCUGAGGGGGGCGGGAAGGGGUGGAUGGGGGUGGGGGCCAGACUGUUUAGGGAGGCACAGCCUUCCCUACCUGCCCUUCCAUACAGUUGCACAACCCCGAUGUGGCCCUCGGGCCAAAAAGUUUGCCCACCCCUGUCCUACAGUUUCUGCUUUCUGCAGGAUCUUCUAACACUCCAUUUGGGAGGUCCUUUCCCAGCCAAAUAGAUCCAAGUUUAAAUUGGCCUUUGUCUAAUUUCCUCAAAAUAACUCCUAGAUUGUGGUCUUUUGGAUGCCCAUGCACUCUGUCUCUCCAUCUCUUUCUCGCUUUCCUUGAUGUUUAUACCCAUCAGAUGUCUGCAGAUAGUUAGCAGGUCUAUUCUGUUCUGUAUAGGUCUUUAUACUGCACUCAUCACUAGUAUCUGAUGAUGCACUUUCCAGCAGUGCAUUAAGCAGUGCAACUACACAUCUGUCACAUGUUGUUUGUUCUCUCAUCCUCCCCCAGAAAGAGAAACAUGAAGUGAAGUGUUUUGUUUUUAAAAAAAUUCUUAUUUAUUAAAUAUCCCUGUCUCUACAUGUUUAUAUUCGAGAAAGCAAGGUCAAAGUAAUGUGCCUUGCACUUGGAGCUUGAAUGUGGUGAGGUUAUAAUAGUCAUUACUUCCUGGGGGAGUUCAUUCCACGGUCUUGGACUGGCCCCAGAGAAAAUUCUGUCUCCUGCACAAAUAAGCUUGACUCUUAUUGUUGAGUGUUCCUCUGUGCCAAAAGAACGUAGCUGACUAUUGGGCUUCGUCAUGGAGCUUUCGAUGGUCUUUUAGGGCCCUGACCAUGCAGUGCUUUGAAGAUAAGGACCAAGACCAUGAACUUGAUUUGAAAUUCUAUGGGAAGGUCACAGUGUAGAGCAGGAGGACAGGCUCGCGAUAGCCUGUGUUGCUAAGGAGACACACUGCAGUGUUUUGCACUAGUUGGAGUUUCCAAACAGCUGAAGGUUUCAUGCCCAGGUAUAUCACAUUGUUGUAGUCCAGCAGUGAUGGAGGCACAAAUAACUGAGGCCAGGUUUUCAUCUGCCAGGAUGGGACAGAGAUUACUCACAGCUGUUGUGAUGUGAGAGGUCAACAUUUGCGAGGAAUCCAAGAGUACUUCUAGACUACCAACUGAAUUGACCAGUUGUGGAUAUGAACCUUCAGCCGAAGAAGACUUCAUCGGGGCCGCAAACUCUUCAAAAUAUUUUCCUCUGCCAACCAGAUUUUCUAAGGCAUCAACCACGCGUAUAUCCAGCUCACUGACUUUCAGUGGAGUUGAGGGCGCCCAGUACUUUUGAACAUCAGGAACCUGUCCUUAUAAUUGUAGCCCCUUUUCCAAUGUUGUUGCUCUUCUCUGAAUUUGUUCCUUUUUCUCACUGUCAGAACUAGGGACAGAAUGCUCACCAAUGCCAUUUGAUAUUCAUAGCUCUUUGAUGUUAUACAGCUGUGUAAGUUUGACAUUAUCUUUGAAUUACAGUUUUUUCUUGUCUCCAAUAUUAUUCCCGUUGUUAAACUUUGCAGUUAACCCUUUCUUGACAUUGCACAGGACUGCAAGAUCCUUUUUUAAGAUUCAGCAGAAAUCUUGGUUCUGGCUCUUUUGGUCCUGCCACUUGAUUAUCACAUUGUUAACUGGAAGAGGUUUGGAGAAGGGCUAUUAGGAUGAUCAGUGGAAUGGAAAGAUGAUUUUAGAGAAAAUUAAAAGAGCUUGGCUUGUUUAGCCCAGCAAAUACCUUCAUACUUUCUCCCACACCACCCCAUAUGCAUAGGGGCUCUCUGUAAAAACCUACAAUGCUUUUACACUGUCCUCCUUCAAAUGCCACCUUACAGCACUCCUCUGCCAUCAUGCCUACAAAGCUGGUGCACCAGCGUGCUGGGACUGCAGCUUAGUACUCUGAUCAGAAUCAUCUCCUGUUACCCUGAGUUGCUGGGCUUUCUGCUCCUUCCUCUCCACUCCUGAGGGGUGGGGGAGAGAGCUGCCUGCUUCCUGCAGCAGCCAUGAUUGGCUGCUCUUCCCCAGGAGGCAGACAAAUGGGGCCAGGCAGCCAAUCAGAGAGGAGUUUUCCCUAGAUGGUAUUAAAUAUGUGUGCCCCUUAGCCACCUGUCUCACUGUUUAGACACUGGCUAGACUAGAACCCAGUUCACCUGACUUGCCUUGCUGCUCUAAUGAGUACAUCACAUUGUGCUAACCUGACUUUCCUGCUGUUCCUCUGAUCACUCCCAAUCCUCAUCACUUGUUUGGUUUGAUUAUUAUUACAUUGGUUUUCUGCUUUAGUGAUGUGUCCUUCUGUUAUCUUUACUGAGCACUUUGGGUGACAGGCACUGGAAAAGUCAAUAAAAAUGUAAGGUAAUGUUUUCAAAAGUACAAUUUCCAAAAGUGACUCUGGCAUUUAAGAGCCUACGUCUUACUGCAGGUCAAUUUGAAAAUUUUGUCUAUUAGCACAACAGUGGCUUUCUUCCAGUGCUCUGGUACUAUCCCUGUUUCCAAGAUUUAGUACAAAUUAAAAUCAAUAAUUUGGAGAGCUCUUCAGCCAACUCUUUUAAAACUUUUGUGUGCAAAUUAUCAGUUUUGCAGAUUUUGUGUAACAUCUUUCUUAGUUACUGUUGAAACAGAAAGUGUUUCAGCAUAAUUAUAUAAAUAAAUAACUACAUAGUUCAACUUCAUUCCAAAUGCAGGACAUAAAUAUUUAUUGAACACUUCUGCCUUUUCUGCAUCAUUACUGACUAUUUUAGCAUUCCAUCUAGUAAUGGAACCUACAUCACUGGACAUAAAUAAAUUACAAUAAUUAUUUUAACCAUAUUGACCAUAGAUUUUUUGGUAAAACCUUUAGCUUCCCUUAUCAAUUACCUGCAUUUCUUCACUUUAAUUUAUAUUUAUUAUUAACAAUUUCCCCUUUUUUAUUCAUCAGUUUUGUUUUGCCUUUUUCACAUUCCUUCUUAAGCUAGUGGAGGGUUUUAUGGGUAUUUGGGUUUUUUGUUUGCUUUUUAACUAAACAGCCUUUUCUCAUGACUGAAGAAUUGUGGACUUUGGGACAUGUAGUAAAGCAUUCUUAAAUGAGUAAUUAUUUUAAUGCAUACAUUUCUAUUCAAGUUUUUUGUCCCCAAUAAGUUUUGCUCAUAAUUAAUUUACCUUUUGGAAACUGGCCCGUUUAAAAUGCUAAGUAUAUAUACAUAUUACUAGUUGGGAUUGUGUUCUUUUUGCUAAUAAAUAUUUCAGUCAGAUCAUAAUAACUAGCACCUAUUCGACAGUCAAUCUUUUAUGUCAGUAAUAAAUUAAUCUUUGAAUCAGAAUGAGGACUGCAAUACUUUGUGUUAGACAAUCGUCAUGUAUAAUUUAAAGAGACUCCAAAGAAGUUUUAUUGUUGGCACUAGAAGAUAUCCAGUUUAUGAUUUGUGUAUUUGUUUCCACACAAAGGACAAUUAGUGAGAAUUUCCCAGCAUUUCUCAGGAUGCUGUUUGUCCCAUGCCUUGUUUUUCACCCCAGAGGUGAUAUACUGUUCUUUUCUCUAAAUCUGAAACAAAUGGAGGUAUUUUGAACCACAUCCUUCAGCAGUGGGUCCCCAGCCUUUUGUGUCCAGCUGACUGUCAGUCUUGAGGUUUCAGUAGCCACUUUUCUCAGCUUGAUUGUCCUCGCUCACCAAGGGUGGAAUAUUUAUUACCAUUGUCUAGGCUGAAUGGCUUUGUAUGCUCCCCUUCAUUUAUGCCACAUUGUUCAAUCUCAUUCACAUCUACUCCUUCCAUGGCCUCAAACACUUCCUUUCCCCUCACAACUGCAGUGUAAUCUAUCCAUUUUAACUUCUUUAUGUUGCCAGCAGCCUGAGCUUGUCUGAGUCCUUCACAUUCUACCACAGAAUGUAAAACAGCUUGCAUGUCACACACAGGUAGCCUUUUCUGUCUUCAUACACCAGCCUGCCAUGCAUUUUUGGGCAGCCAUUUAUUGAUGCACCUUAAUUAAAGCAAACCAUCUUUUUAAAGCCUGUCUUUCUCACUCUUUGAAUUCCUUCUGGAACCAACCCAUUUGCCAUUUCCAGUUCAUUGCUAGCUGGAUGUGCUUAACCCUGGCUUUAACAUAGGAGUCAUAUCUGCCUCUUCAAUGACUGACAAGCCACCAGCUGUUCUCACAGACGAAGAGCUGCCAAACGAGGCUGCUGAAAGAUUCUGAACCUGCUCUAAAAGCUCUCAGAUCCAUAACCAGCAUUUUUGUGCAGCCACUCAGCACUCAGGUUGCUGUAAGCCUGUGAGACACUCACCCUUAGGAACACUGGGUCAAUGACUGUGACAGCCUGAGAGCUCUGGAGGCUGCAUUUUACAAGAUGAAUGAGUUAUUCUAAAAAAGUCAUGAAGUCAUGGAACAAAAUCCUAUAGAAAUAGCUUUUUUUCUCCUACCAGAGUAAUUUUCUCAUAUACAACUCUGCCUAAGUGCACAUCUGGAGCCGCUUCCCUGGAACAGCUGUGACUUUGUUUGCAAUGAGCACUAGAAGCAAACCUUCUCCACUGCAGUGUAUAAAAGAGGAAAAUGUUUGCUUGCUCACAGGGUUAUUGUUUCAUUGUGUUUCUCUUUUCUGUGCAGUUUCACACUGCUUUGUUGCUGCUUUCCAUUUGCAUGUUUCCUACACAACAGUGUUACCAGUGUGCUUAACCGUUCUCUGGCAGACGGUUACAUUCCCAACACACUAUUUUAAAAACAUAUCAGAUAUUUUCAAUGGGAAUUAUGACUAAAGCUUUUGGAGAAGGUUGGGUCAGUGGAUUCAAACCAACUCUAGUAAUAAGUGCUCAGACUGUCUGAGAAGGGUACUACCCAACCUCUGCAUUUCAGCAAAGUUUUAAAAAAUGGGAAAGUUGGACUCCUUGGUCCACAUAUAGAAAUACAUGACCUGCUCUCCAGAAGUGCUGAGCAUUCACAAGUCUCUUGGAAGUAAAUGGGACCUAAAAGGUGAAGAGAAUCUUUGGAAAUAAAACUACUGAUCUAGGUGGCUAAAUAAGGUCUUGGACGUAAUUAAGCCUUCCAUUUAAAUAACAAAUUGUGACCUUUCAAGUAUAAAUAGUGACUGAGCACUCAAAAAUAAGAGCCUCAGAUACCUGAGUGUGAAAGGCUCCAGCUUAUUCAAAGAAAAUUAACUUCACCAUCUGCUGAAAGACAAGGCAUUAUGCUACCACGCUGGGCUGGAGGGGACCCAGUUACUUGUUGGGUUUAGAAAAGUCUGUGGGCUCCCUCUAACGUGGCACCUGAUCUUCUCCAUCAAUGAAGACAUACUGAGACCCAAACACCCUUUGAUAUUCCCGGCUGCUCCUUCUCUAUACAAUAGUCACAAAGCUCAACUUCCAUAUCCAUAGUGUCAUGCAGCACUCUGAACCCAAGCUCUGCCAGACCACGAUGGGGAGCCAGGAAAGUGGGAGGGGCCCACCACUCACCAUGCUUUGCUGCCAGCAAGUGAAGAAAGCACAAACCCCACGGCAAACAGCAAGAGUGAACUGUUAGAUCUCUACUCCCACAGUCAGACACGGGGAGACAGACCGCUGCUCACACAGCUGGCUCCCUGACUAUCGAGAACCUUACAAAUCAUAACCACCCCUUGAAGGUUCCCAGAGUGGGUACCUGGCUCGUGGAGCAAUAUGGCACCAGCUGCUGUGUUCUGCACUAGCUGAAUCUACUCAGUCCUUUUCCAGGAGCUCGAGAACCCAGUGGGUCCAUCAGCCUCGUAAAGCUGAUCCCAGAUGCAGCUAACCACCUGCACCACAAGAGCAACAUCUGCCAAAAGUCUUGUUAAGAAAAUACAAUUCUCUGUUCAGGGGAUCCAGCCAUGGGACAAACUUCUAGCGAUCAGGCCAAUGCAGAGUCUGACCAGCUUUGGGAGUUAGAGGGAGCAGUAGCUACUAAAGCCAGGGGAGAGUAUCAGCACGUCACGAGCAAAUGUCUUCCCACCCCAAUACAGAGACACCAGUUCUGCUACUAAUUUGAAUUAAAUUAUGGCCAAAACAAUGCUGGGAAGAAUUCAAACGGUACAAGAUCCAUAAUGUACCCAUAGAGAAAUGCCCUACUGUUGUUCCAGAUCCUUUUCACCAUGGCAUGUGAGCUGGCUUGCCUGAUACGCAGUAAUACAGUGACUCCCUGGUCACUUCUCAAGGGUUCAUCAGGAUACUGAUGUAUGGCAACACCCACGUCAUGUCCAAAGAUUUCCCAGGUUCCUGGGAGUGUGGUCGUGUCAGAACCACACUAGGCCACUGCACGACUCAGGGUCCCACAUACACAAACCCCGCCUCAGGCAUCCUCCAAGACUUGGGAGCACAUGCUUCUGUGACAUAAUGAGGACACAUUCUUUUUCAUUAGCAUGUCUUUUGGGGGGGGAUUUCUUCUCCCCAACUGCUAUCUGUGCAAUGGUGAAUACGUCAUAUUUUAAAGUAGAUCUUAUCCAUAAAGGUACAUGAUUUCUGUUUCUGAAUGCUCAGCUCUUAAUGUUA